UAGAAACCCGGGAAAAUCACUUCCAAAACGUUCCAGUGUCUCCACCUCGUAACUGGCGUAAGAACCCACCAGAAUACCCUUUCCCUCGCUCUCUCUUUGUAUAUAUUCACCGCUUCGUUUCUGUCCUCUUAUCAGAUCAGAACCCGAAAGAAUCAAAUUCGUAACGCAUAUAAAUACGAGCUCUGUAGAAUUCAUUGUGGAAUUCUGAGUUUUGUGAAAUCAAAUGGCGGACGUGCAGAUGAGUGGGACUGAGGCCGAGACCUUUGCUUUUCAGGCCGAGAUUAACCAGCUUCUCAGUCUUAUUAUCAAUACUUUCUAUAGUAACAAAGAGAUUUUCCUUCGUGAACUUAUCAGCAAUGCCUCUGAUGCUCUGGACAAGAUCAGAUUCGAGAGCUUGACAGACAAGAGCAAGCUUGAUUCCCAACCCGAGCUCUUUAUAAGGAUUGUGCCUGAUAAGGUCGACAAGACCCUUUCCAUCAUCGAUAGUGGCAUUGGGAUGACUAAAGCAGAUUUGGUGAACAACCUUGGUACAAUUGCGAGGUCUGGUACAAAGGAGUUCAUGGAGGCAUUGCAGGCAGGGGCUGACGUGAGCAUGAUCGGGCAAUUUGGAGUUGGGUUUUACUCGGCUUAUCUUGUGGCUGAGAGGGUGAUUGUGACUACAAAGCACAAUGAUGAUGAUCAGUAUGUUUGGGAGUCUCAAGCUGGAGGCUCUUUCACUGUUAGAAAGGACGUUGAUGGAGAACCAUUGGGCAGAGGAACCAAAAUCACCCUCUUCCUGAAGGAUGACCAGUUAGAGUACAUGGAGGAAAGGAGAUUGAAAGACCUUGUGAAGAAGCACUCUGAAUUCAUCAGCUACCCUAUAUAUCUUUGGACUGAGAAGACCGUUGAGAAAGAGGUUAGUGACGAUGAGGACGAGGAAACCAAGAAGGAAGAGGAGGGUGACGUGGAGGAGGUUGAUGAGGACAAAGAAAAGGACUCUAAGAAGAAAAAGGUAGUCAAGGAGGUGACCCACGAGUGGGAACUCAUUAACAAACAGAAACCCAUUUGGCUCCGGAAGGCAGAUGAAGUUACCAAAGAGGAAUAUGCCUCAUUCUACAAGAGUCUUACCAAUGACUGGGAGGACCCUCUUGCUUGGAAGCACUUCUCUGUUGAAGGGCAACUGGAGUUUAAGGCGCUACUCUUUGUUCCUAAAAGAGCUCCAUUUGAUCUGUUUGACACAAGGAAGAAAUUGAACAAUAUCAAACUUUAUGUCAGAAGGGUGUUUAUAAUGGACAACUGUGAAGAGCUCAUUCCUGAAUAUCUUGGAUUUAUUAAGGGCGUUGUUGAUUCUGAUGAUCUGCCACUCAACAUAUCUCGCGAAACACUGCAACAGAACAAGAUUCUCAAGGUGAUCAGGAAAAAUUUGGUGAAAAAAAGCAUUGAGAUGUUCAAUGAAAUAGCAGAGAACAAGGACGACUAUAAAAAAUUCUAUGAAGCCUUCUCCAAAAACAUUAAGUUGGGUAUCCAUGAAGACAGUCAAAACAGAGCCAAGCUUGCUGAUUUACUGAGGUACUACUCAACCAAGAGUGGUGAUGAGUUGACCAGCUUGAAGGAUUAUGUCACAAGAAUGAAAGAGGGCCAGCAAUGCAUAUACUACAUUACUGGUGAGAGCAAGAAAGCUGUUGAGAACUCUCCAUUCCUUGAGAAACUCAAGAAGAAGGGCUAUGAAGUACUUUUCAUGGUUGAUGCCAUUGAUGAAUAUGCUGUGACUCAACUGAAGGAAUAUGAUGGGAAGAAGCUGGUGUCUGCAACGAAAGAAGGGCUGCAGCUUGAGGAAUCAGAGGAGGAGAAGCAGAAGAAGGAAGAGAAGAUGAAAUCUUUUGAGAACUUGUGCAAGACAAUCAAGGAAAUCCUAGGAGACAAGGUGGAGAAAGUGGUAGUGUCUGAUAGAAUUGUGGACUCCCCUUGCUGCUUGGUUACUGGUGAAUAUGGAUGGACUGCUAAUAUGGAAAGGAUCAUGAAAGCUCAGGCUUUAAGAGAUAAUAGUUUGAGUGCUUACAUGUCUAGCAAGAAAACCAUGGAAAUCAACCCAGACAAUCCCAUAAUGGAGGAGCUUAGAAAGAGAGCUGAGGCAGAUAAGAACGACAAAUCAGUGAAGGACCUGGUGCUGUUGCUUUUUGAGACUGCCCUUCUAACUUCCGGUUUCAGUCUUGAUGAACCUAAUACAUUUGCAGCAAGGAUUCACCGGAUGCUGAAAUUGGGUCUGGGGAUUGAUGAGGAUGAGACGAGUGGAGAAGACGUAGAAAUGCCAGCGCAGGAGGUAGAAGGAAAUGAGGAGAGUAAGAUGGAGGAAGUGGACUAAAGAGGUACAGGUACAGAGGUGUAUAAAUAUCAGUCUAUCAGCGAAAGGAGUCCCUUAUGUGGAAGUUGACCGAGUCCUUUAUGCAUCUAUGCUUUUACAAUCUUAGUUGCUUUCCAAGUACUGAAUUUUGUGUGCGUUUUUCUCGAAUCAUGUUUUUCUCCUUUGUUGUUUCAGCUUACAAGUGGCUUUAUUCCACCUCCUCUGUACAAUAUUUGCAUAAAUAUUAGAACUGCUAAAGUUUCA